UUAAAUACAAAAAGAAAUGUGUCUUUGCCUCGGACCAUUCAAAUCAGGUAAAACUCUCCUAAUGAAAAGUCUCCAAGGAGACGAAAUCGACGAUGCGACUCAUACUGUGCCUACCAACGGAAUAAAUAUAUAUACUGUGAAAAAUGAUACUGGCGAAUUCGAUAUGGUGAUUAAGGAAAUUGGCGGUAAUAUGGCACCGAUAUGGAAGCAUUAUUUUGAUAAGAUCCAUAAAAUCAUCUACGUGGUGGAUACCAGUAAUCUUUGCCAAAUAAGCGCCGCGGGCGUGCUGCUGUACUCUUUCCUCGUGGAACCGAGAUUACAGAACGUGAAAAUCGCGCUCAUCCUAAACAAGAUGGACGUUUCGUAUCGUCAGAUGAGAAACGAGGCUCUAUUGAUGCUACAAUACGCGCGUCUGCAAAAGGAGGUGAAGCAGAAGAUCACCGUGCUGGAAACCAGCGGUAUGACGGGCCAGGGGAUAGAGAGCUUACGCAGCUGGCUGUUCGAUCCGGAAACGCUGCGGGCCACGCUCAAGGCUAAUAAAUAGGCGCGACGAUUGUCGCGCGACGAGAAAGAACGUUACCUCAAAAUGCAUCAUUUUUUUUAUUUACACUCGAUCUUACAAAGAUACAAAGGUAUUACUCUACAAAUCUUCGAUCGUUCUUUGAAAAUAAUUCAUUUAACGAAUGUUGUCGUAUAUAUUACUUCUACGGUCAUACGGUUGAUUCUAUAAAAAAAAAUAUAUUGCAACAGACGUUAACGCGCAGCAAACGCGUGUAAAUAGUUUUCACACAAUCCUAGUGCUAAAAAAAAAAAAAAAA